AUGUUGUUUUGUGCUGUCAUUAAGCCAUAUCGUAAUGUGCCGUUCCAUUCACUCAACAUUACCGCUUGUGACGCUUUUCAUAUCUUAUCUUUGGUUUUGCUUCCGAGUGAUCCCUUUUGUCCUUGUUUGAUACUAUCUGGAGGCUUCUAUUCAGAACACUAUGGAAUAUACGGAAUUCGUACCCUAAUGCGUUGUUGUGUUAACGGCGUGAAACGCUGGUGGAUUAAUACCGUGAGGAGAGAGGAGGUUGCUGUAUGCGGCAUCCGGUUUAGCAAACUCUGCGUUUGUUUUCUGUUUCCCAAUCCUGACUUUGGAGGUGUGUUGAUAUUGGUUGCGGUUGCCUUUUGCGUUUCUUUCCCUUGCGACCCAGGGUACCACUGUGUCGCUUCUCUCUCCGUGUAUGUUAUCCGUUUAUUUAUGAUGGGUACUACAUCCUUUUUAUGUGUAAAGCAUAAUAUUCCUCUUCCCACUCAUUUCCUGUUGCACUGUUUUCCAUGUGUUCUUUUCUUUUGUUUCAUUGCUGUUAAAAGGUAG